AUGCCGCCGUCAGCCUCGCGCACCACGCGCGACGACUCGGCCUCGAGUCCCACAUCCUCCUCGGCGCCCGCUCAGAAAGUGCGCCGCACACGCAUCUCCCGUGCAUGCGAAAACUGCCGUGCUAGACGCAUCAAGUGUGAACCCCCAUACCCAUGUGUGGGCUGUCGUGAAGCGGGACUCGAAAACUGCCUGGUCCGCGAUAAAGCUCGCCCACUCAGGCGCAGGCGGUCGCAGCAGGCAACAACAGCCGCUCUCGAGGGCUCCACCUAUCCUGAGCGCACGAGGUUCAUGCGUGUCCUGGACGAGGAGCUAGAGGACAUCUACCACGCGCAGACUGGCCACAACAUUAGUCUUGGACUCGAAGAAGCCCCCUCCCACCCAUCAUGCGACCUCAACACACCUGUGCCGCCCAUGCCCCAUCCUCUCCCACCGAACAUUGCCGAUGCCAUGACCCAGUUCACCGAAUUCAUGCUCCCCUUCAGCUCCCACCUCACCGCGCCAAGGAUCUUGGACCUGUUCGACCGCUACGUGUCGUCACCGUCCACCCUGGCGCCCGAUCAGCUGUCGCUCAUUCUCAUCUGCAUCGCUAUGGGUUAUCUUCGUCUACAGGGCUUCACGCCAGGCGGUACUGUCGACUCGGGCCAGCAGGCCGGACGCGCCAUCCCAGUGCCUGAUGACGAAAGGAUGGACGUUGCCUUCUUUCGCAACUCGGUCAACGUGCUGGAGAAAUGGGGAAGCGUGAGCUUUACCUCUCUUCACGCUCUUUGCGGAAUCUGGUACUAUUCGUGUCUCACAUGCACGAGCGAUACAACGCGGAUUAUUGUUUCGUGGCUGAUUGCGCAAGCGAAGGAGCUCGGCAUCCACCAGGAACAGACGCCGGCGCAUGGCUACUCCUCUACAGACCGUGCCGACCUCAUGUUUCUGCAAGUCCUCUAUGCGCACUACUGGACAACCGCAUUGACCGGCGACCCACCUAUCAUUAGCGCGGGCGAGUUUGAGAGGAUGACCUUUCGCUCUCGUCCGUUUCAAGAUGACGACGCCGUGGUCGCUCUCGUUGUCCGCCGUUCAUUUACAGAGCUACUCGUCUUAAACACUCAAGUCAUGAUGGGCCUCCACGACUCGCGCAAUGCCACACUCUCGCUCGACUGGAUGCUCGGCAUCCAGCAAAGGUGGGCUACGUGGUGCGGCACCUGGGUUCUGGACGGCCGUACCACUGGGAACGUCUACACCGACCCCUUCCUCGGUGUGCUGUGGGACUGGGGCCGUAUCACUAUUUCGAUCUGCUCGAGAACGGACAAGCGCGUGUCCAUGUCGUCACUGUCGGUCCUUGCCCGUUCAGCAGUCCAAGUCAUUGUUCGUUACAGCUCGAUUUAUCGCAGGCUCCCCUACAAUCUCAUGCACCAGCACCUCCAGCAGAUCAGGACCUGCGCAAACAUUAUUGUCCUCUGCUUCUGGAAGUUUGAAAUGACCAAGACCGAAGCCGAGGUCUCCAUCGCCAUGGCCGUCUGGAUGAUUGGGCUCAUGGUGCCUCGUUGGGGCAAGCAAGCUGCCGACGCCAGCAGGAAGAUUACUCAGCUGUCCGAGGCUGUAGGCCUGGACAUUUCGCCAGCGUCCGUCGACGGCAGCCUCCAAAACUUUAGCGCUGGAGCUCUUGCUUCCAUGAGCUCGACCGAAUCGUUCAUCGACGCUCACGGCGCCUUGGGCAGCUUGUACGAGACGUUCCAAAACUUCAACCAGAACACGGCGAGCCUCCCGUCGUGGACCAUCGACCCGCUGUUCCUCGCCGCCGAGUACCAGUAA